AUGGAAACUUUCUCUUUAGAUCCGUUUCGUUCCUUUUCCUUUCUAGGUUCAUCUUCUUCAAAUCCUAGAAAUAACUGUUGUUUUGCAUCAAAGUUGAGACAUUGGAGCAAACCCAUUUCUCAGAUUUGUUGUUAUUCCAAAUUGGAACAAGGGUUACGUCCGAAACCAAAGAUGAAAAAUGUGUUUGAUGAAAAAGAGGUGGUUUUGGUUGAACCUAUGAUAAACAGGAGAUCUUUAUCCUCUUCUGGAUUAUGUAGUCAGAUUGAGAAAUUGGUUUUGAGUAAUAAGUAUAUGGAGGCAAUGGAAUUGUUUGAGAUAUUGGAACUUGAAUAUGGUGAUUCUUGUGUUGGUGCUAGUACUUAUGAUGCUUUGAUCAGUGCUUGUAUUGGUUUGAGAUUCAUUAGAGGUGUUAAGAGGGUGUUUAAUCAUAUGAAGAAUAGUGGGUUUGAGCUUGAUUUGUAUAUGAUGAAUAGGGUUUUGUCUAUGCAUGUGAAAUGUUUUCUUAUGCACGAUGCACGGAAGCUGUUUGAAGAUAUGCCUGAGAGAGAUUUGAGUUCUUGGAUGGUCAUGAUUGGCGGACUUGUGGACACGGGGAAGUAUUCUGAGGCUUUUGAGCUGUUUUUGUGUAUGUGGGAAGAACUUAAUGAUGGAAAAUCUCGCACUUUUGCGACUAUGAUUCGCGCGUCGGCUGGAUUGGGGAGUAUAGAGAUUGGAAAGCAAAUUCAUACAUGUAUUUUGAAAAGGGCAGUGGAUGGAGAUCAAUUUGUAGAUUGUUCACUGAUUGACAUGUACAGCAAGUCUGGUAGCAUUGAAGAUGCUCAACGUGUUUUUGAUCAAAUGCCGCAGAAGACGACUGUUGGAUGGAAUACCAUUAUUGCUAGUUAUGCACUUCAAGGUUAUAGUGAGGAAGCUCUUGGUAUUUACUACGAGAUGCGUGAUAGUGGUGCUAAAAUCGACCAUUUCACUAUUUCGACAGUAAUAAGAAUUUGUGCGAGAUUGGCGUUAUUAGAACAUGCGAAACAAGCUCAUGCUGCGUUAGUUCGCCGUGGUUUCGGCACAGAUUUGGUGGCGAACUCUUCGCUCGUUGACUUCUAUAGCAAAUGGGGAAGGAUGAAAGACGCGCAACAUGUUUUCGACAAGAUGCGUCGCAAGAAUAUCAUAUGUUGGAAUGCAUUGAUUGGUGGAUAUGGUAAUCACGGUCAGGGAGAAAAGGCAGUACAAAUGUUUGAGAAAAUGCUUCAAGAAAAUAUAAUUCCAACUCAUGUCACUUUCCUUGCUGUUUUAUCUGCUUGUAGCUAUUCAGGAUUAUCAGAAAGCGGUUGGGAGAUUUUUCAGUCUAUGAGUAGAGAUCACAAUGUUAAGCCUCGAGCAAUGCAUUAUGCGUGUAUCAUUGAACUAUUAGGUCGAGAGGGUUUAUUAGACGAUGCUGUUGCACUGGUAAGAAAGGCUCCUUUCAAACCAACCCUAAAUAUGUGGGCAGCAUUGCUGACAGCAUGCAGAAUGCACGAUAAUUUGGAGCUCGGGACGUUUGCGGCCGAAAAGCUUUAUGGUAUGAAACCUGAAAAGCUGUGUAAUUAUGUUGUGCUUCUGAAUCUAUACAACAAUUCUGGCAAAUUGAAAGAAGCUGCUGGUGUUUUGCAAACCUUAAAGAGAAAAGGUUUAAGAAUCCUUCCGGCAUGUAGCUGGGUUGAAGUUAAUAAACAACCAUAUGCUUUCCUUUUUGGAGACAAAUCUCACCCGCAAAUUAAAGAAAUAUACAAAAAAGUAGACAGCAUGAUGGUGGAGAUAUCAAGACAUGGUUAUGUUAUGGAGAAAGAAACGUUGCUACCUGAUGUGGAUGAAGAGGAACAACGUGUUAUAAAGUAUCACAGUGAAAAGCUUGCAAUAGCUUUUGGUAUCAUCAAGACUCCAGAUUGGUCACCUUUGCGAAUUAUACAGAGCCACCGCGUGUGUGGUGACUGCCAUAAUGCAAUCAAACUUAUAACCAAGGUUACAGGACGUGAAAUUGUGUUAAGAGAUGCUAGUAGAUUUCACCAUUUUAAAAAUGGGAGUUGUUCUUGUGGGGAUUAUUGGUGA